AAGGCUAUCGAGGAGCAACCCUCUGCAGUUUGGACCGCGAAUGCCAAGACGAGCCCAGGGUCAGGCACAGCCGGAACUCCUGUUGCUCCCCCCCCCCACACAGCCCGUCGGCCAACCAGGCAUCAUCCAGAAGCCAGGGCCGUGCCAAGACCCGGCGUCGCGUGCAACGUGGGCAAUCCCGCCGCCAAUCGGCCCGUUGGCCGCUCGCCAGCCCCCUCUGCAUAAAAGCCUGGCGACAGCCAAAGCACCUCUCCUCAUCAGCAACACCCGCGCAUCAGCAUCAGCAACAGCAACAGCAUCAGCAUCAGCAACAGCAUCAACAUGAAGGCCCUCAUUGUCGGCGGAACCGGAAACGUCGGAAAGCUCGUCGUCGAGCAGCUUCUGCAGCGCAACGUCCAUGUCCAGGCAAUCGUGCGCUCGCCCGACCGCAUCCCGUCGCAGCUCGUCGCAAACCCGAGCCUGACUCUCAUCAAAGCAAGCCUUCUCGAGCUCAGCAUCGACGAGCUCGCGGAGCAUCUGCGCGGCUGCGAUGUCGUCAUCUCGACCCUGGGCCACAACCUGAGCUACAACGGCAUCCCGGCUCUCGGCGUCUGGGCACCUCCUCAGGAUCUGGUUGAACAGGCCUCCAGAAACAUCUGCCACGCCAUCGAGAAGCUCCAACCAUCGUCGCCAAUCCGUUACAUCAUGCUCAACACUGUCGGCGUCGCUAACCCGGACGGAUCCGACACCCACACCCGCAGCACAUUCGAAAGAAGCAUGGUUUCUCUGAUGACUACCGUGUUGCCGCCAUACCGGGACAGCGUCAUGUCGGCCGCUUACCUCGGCAAGGAAGUUGGCACCAGCAACAAGUACAUCGAAUGGGUGGCUGUCCGUCCAGACGGCUUCAUUGACGGUGAAGUGAGCUCGUACAGUCUGUUUGAGUCGAUCCGACAUCCGUUCUAUGCUCCCGAAAAGGUCACCAAGGCCAAUAUUGCGCACUUUAUGGGUGAGCUGGUGACCAAGCCAGAGACAUGGAACCAGUGGAAGUUCAAGAUGCCAGUCAUCAUCGACGAGAAGCAGUAGGCAUGAGCACACGAGUGAACGCAAAACGAAACCAAGCUCCUGUUUUGUCGUCGGGAAGCACUCCCUUUCUGGAUCAUGAAUACACCCGCUCGUCAGUAUCACCAUGCAUGAGCCCAUCGCAGCAGUAGAGACCAGUCGC